UUUUCCCUCCCAUCAACAGAUUUCUUCGCAACCCAACGGAGUUGAAAAGCAUCAAAAAUAUCUCCCUGCUCCGCCAGACCAUGGCGAGUCAAAGCGCCAACGGCCAGUCUGCCGCUUCGUCGGCGAGUAACGCCUCGAACCACUCGCUGAUGUCGCUGCUACCCAACGGUGCCAGCAUUCAUCAUCUGGCGGCGGCUGCAGCGGCCGCAGCUGCUUCCCACCAGCAGGCGAAUGGCGGAGGUCCAAUUUCACCCACUGCACUGCAUCAUCCCAUCCACCCGUCCCAAUCGGGAGCACCAAGCGCCGGUUCUUCCAAUGGAGCCUCCGCUGGAAACCACCAUCCCACCAUCAAGAUGGAAACCGACCUGGACGAACUGAAGCCCACCGAUCUGAGCACAAGCGAACGUAAAUAUUACGUCGGAUCGAACGGAACCGAUUGCUAUCCACUGAUCAGAAACGCCAAUGGUUUGACGACCAUCCAGCUCUUACGCCAGCAGCAACAGCAACAACAACAGCAACACCAACAAUCCCAACACGACAGUGGAUCUCCCCCGGCAUCGCCCAGUUCGCUGGCCAUCAACUCCCAUUCCCUGCACACGAUCAGCACCAAUCUGCACCAUCUUCACCAGCAACAGUUGCAGGCCCAAGCGGCUGCAGCCGCUGCUGCCGUGGCCGCUGCCGAAGCACGGCAACACGACGAAGAUCGUCGGUUAGACCACCAGCACCAGGAGCACGAGCGGAAACACGAGCGAAGCCCCUCGCCAGUCGAUCAUCAUUCCCAGCAACAGCAGCAGCAGCAACAACAACACCAGCAUCAUCUGCACGGCGAUAAGGCGGCGGCAACAAGUGACGACGAAAGUAUGAUGCCCACGGAUCUGAGCAAAUCCGAGUCCAUGUACUACAAAUAAACCCCCUCUCUAUCGCGGCGGGGAUCAACGCAGCAGUAGCGGCAACAAAGUUUAUGAUGAUAGUGACAAUCAAGCAUUAGGCGAGAUGGGGAUGGUCAGCAGCAGCCGCGCACACCCACACACACGACACUCGGAGAGACCGCCGGCGGCAGAGUGCGAAAGUGAUCUCAAACCACUUGGUGCCAUCCCUCCUAGCCAAAAAAAAAAGUGAGGUAGACUGUAAACGACGAUCUCGACCUGGUGUGGCCGGCCGCUUGUGUUCCCCACGCUGACUGACUAUGACUAGCGUGUGUGUGGCACAAUCGAUGCGAAUUUAGGAGGAGGAAAUGUGUGAUAUAUGGGACCGCGGAAAUUUGAAAAAAAAGAAGCGUUACUCCGAGGAGGAAACAUGUGCCAAUCGUUCUUCUCAUUAUUGUUUAACUUCCAGAGUUUAUUUGGCGAUCAAACCGAGAGCGAGUUGAAAAUUUUUUUGUACAGAAAUUCAAAGGAUGGAUGAUUGAAUUGUAUGAGUAAAAUCGCGCGUAUGUAUGUGUGUACGAAACAAUAGUCGUUAAGUGUUAGUUGAAUUGUGAGGUAUAAAAAGUGGUGAGAUUCGAGGCGUUUUUGUAUUAUAUUGGAAACCACAAUCGAAAAGUGAAUCUUUCAUCAAGACUUUUCAGACAGAACAAAAUUAUAGCUAAUGAAGUUUUCGCGGGACAGAUAAUAGAAUUAUUGUUGAGUAAGUAGUAGAGAAGAGAAAGUGUAAAGUUUUUUAUUAUUCUUAGAAGAAGAGUUUAGCGUGUAAGUGGUUUCUUCAACCGACAAAACAAAAGUACUCAUCUGUUUUCUUCCAUUGACUUUGGUUUCUUUGUAUUUCUAAAGAGAGAAAACGCUAGGCUAAGAUAAAGAACUUCCUUUUCACAAUUGGCUUCCAUUUCAAAAAAGAGAGAUAUGUAAUUUACAAAAUUCGAAUACAUGUGAUGAAGAGAGAGAAAUUUAUAUUGAACAAAAAUGUAUAUGACAAAAGAGCUAUUAGUGUUUGCGAGAAAAAAAAGUUGUGUGAGUUUACGGUAAUUAGUGGAUUUUUUGUUGUUUUGAAAAGGGUCGACUUUGUUUUACUUCCAAAAGUGAAAUAUUCUCUGCUUCUUUUUGUUGGCUUUAAAUGGAAAUCGAAAUCUUCCUUAUUUUUUUUUUUUGUAGGUUAAGAGACGUGUAAAUAUGGUCAGAUUUUUUAAGAUAUGUUUACUUGUAAAAUAGCUUUAGAUUAUCUAUCAUAGCAAAAAACAGAACACUGCAACUUGAACACAUCCAUAGUUAAUGGUGGCAAAAUGUGAUAUUUUGAAAACCACAGUCCCGGCAGGCUUGGGACAAGCUCCCAUCGUUGGGCAUCGUUGGACAGAUAUUAACAUAUUGACCAUAGCAAAAACAAAAGCGAAAACAUUCAUUCACAAACGCACUUCUUUCGCACCCGAUCAACGGUUCUGGCGGAACACGAAACAUUUUUGCAAUAGUUUUUUUUUAUUUACUGUAAAGCGUAAUUUUAUCACAUUCAUUAUGAAGGUAUGAUUUUUAGGAGUUUAUCAAUAAUUAUGUUCUAAGGUAUAUGAAUGCAAAAAGAAGACUCAAUCCCAAUAAAAAGUAUAGAACUGUUUAAAAUAAA